AACGCAGCCCCGGGUGAACUUCUCCAGCCUCUCCUGACUGCUGCUUAGGGGAGCUCCUGGAGUGAAAAGGAGCCGCCCGGAGCAGAGUUCAGGGACGACAGGAAAGCCACCCGCAGGACGGAGUCUUGCAAAUACAGAGACGGAAGAGAUGGACUACACUUAGAGAUGUGCUUUGUUUAGACACUACCAACAUAGCAACUGUGUUACCUGGGCUUGGCAUAGUUUACUCAGAGAAGCCUGCUAGCAACCCACAGGGGCUGGGCUUAGUGAACUUGCCAGGUGGAAGUCAGUGACUCUUCAGAAAUACUGGUCUCGUUCAAGCAGCCAGUGCUUAGUAACCAGCCUGAAUGUGGAGGACAGAAGACAGCGGAGGGGACAAAGCAUGACGGGAACCUCUUUCCCCCUGCAACGUCUACCUGAUUCAGUCGCCAAAAGGAAACUUCAUGGAAAACUUUGACUGAUAUGCUGGAAGAAGAAGAAAGAGGCAACGUGUGCUAAUGAUACUGUACUUCACUUUGGCACCUCAUCAGCUCCUUCCCCUGGGACCUUGUCACAAUGACAGACUCAGCUGUGGCGGAUCACCUGACACGACUGAAACUCAAACUCCUUGAGAAGAAACUAGAAAAUGAACAGGAAGCUAUGGAGGACUGCGAAUCUCCUGUUCCUGAAACAAGGAAUUACGGCGCCCACGACUAUGCCUUACAGAGUGCACUAAGGCGAAGGAAAGACCUUCUGCAGCAACUCAGGGAACAAAACCUUUUGGAAGAAUUCUCACAACCACGUGGCUCACCAAGAAUGCAGAGAAAGCACUACAGACGAGAACCAGAAUAUGUCUACCAAGCGCCUCCACCCGCUCAUCUGCUGCCACCGCCGCCGCCGCCGCCGCCUCCCCCACCAAGGAUUAUCCAGCAAACAUUGCCCCAGCAGCCAGCAACCAUUAUUCAGCAGAUCCCUCAGCACCCACCGCUAAUUACGCAGAUCCCUUCCCCACAAGCUUUCCCGCCAGCCCCCCGCUCUGGGAGCAUCAAGGAAGAUAUGGUGGAAAUGAUGCUGAUGCAAAAUGCUCAGAUGCACCAGAUCAUUAUGCAGAACAUGAUGCUGAAAUCUCUGCCGCCGCCGCCGCCGCCAGCGUAUUCACCAGCUAACGGGCCCACGGCUCCUCUGCUUCACCACGGACAGCUGCUUCCUGCCCCUAUUGUGGUACGAAUGGAGAAAAUGCGACCGUCAGCUGUCCACCAUCAUCACUAUACACCCACAGGGCUACCAGCGAUGCCUCCUCAGCUUGGCUUUCCCACCUGGCCUUCAGUAAUACCACCAGGUCUUGGCUCACAAAUGGGAGGAUUCCCAUCUGAUUCCCACCAUCUGCCCAUCCCAGCUACUGCAACACACAUGGUACCAGCCCACGGACUUCUUGGAUUACCCCCAGGCUUGUAGAUUUCUACAUUAUCUGAAAAAGGAGGAGAGCAGAGAGAUGCCAGUUGAGCACCCGAACCCGGCUUCACGUGACGCUGCAUUGUGAGAUGACAGGCUCAGUAGGGGCGACAGCCAGCCUGAUUGUAUUGAUAUAUAUGUAGAAUUAGUCUCACAGAAUUCAGUGGGACUUCAGAGUAAGUGUGCACAGGACUGCAACCUUUGCAAAAAGUAUUUUUUACUGAUGUCUAUCCAUUCUAAUGUAUUAUUCUAUUCUGUGAACCCCCCCACCCCACCUGAACACCCCCACCCCACCCCCAUGACUGCUGCUGUUGCGUGGGGGGGGGGGGGAGCAGUUGGCAGAAGUGUUUCGGAUACCUUUGGCGUUUUUCAUGCUGAAUUUUAGUGACCGUGAUGCAGGACUGAGGAAAAAACACAAGCCCUGUACCGAUCACAGGCAGACAUAAAUCUGGAAUUGUUAUCACAACAGGGAGAACAUCAGAGGCGUAUCUGGGGGGGAAUGGCACCCAGGGGCAACACCUGCUCCAGGCACCCCACCCCUGCCCCCCUGCACCCAGGGGCAAGGCUCAGGGGCGGUUCAGGUGGGCACAGCAGUGGCAGGCCAGCUCCUGGGCCGGCCUGCUGCCAUGGCGCCUGUCCGAGCCCCCCUUUCGCCUCCCUGCAGGCUGCCUCUCGUCCCCCCCAGGCUCAGAACAUCAGUGGUUGACCAUCUGUUCUUGUUUUGUGCCGUGCUCAUGUAGAUUUGUAUAAUUAAAUUAUUGCCUGGAUUAAG